UGUCUCUGCCUCCUUGCAUAUGGCGCCUUGGUGAAACGGUUUAGCACCGGGCUAUUGCAGGAGCGGAAAGCCUGAAUUGGCAACACAUUGUGUGAGCGGGCUGCACGACCCCCCGGGCUGCCAGGACACCGCGCGGUGAAGCCGUCCAGCCCGUGUUUGGGCCGGUAGCGCCGCUCCCGAGCCGCAGCCGUUAAGAGGAACUCAAUAUGAACCUGGAACGUCUGCGGCGGAGAGUGCGGCAAUACAUAGAGCAGCAACAGUACCAGAGUGCUUUGUUUUGGGCUGACAAAGUAGCUUCACUAUCACAUGAGGAACCUCAGGAUGUGUACUGGUUGGCACAAUGCCUGUACCUGACUGCUCAGUAUCACAGGGCGUCCCAUGCUCUGAGGUCGCGCAAACUGGAUAAAGUACAUGAAGCAUGCCGUUACCUUGCUGCCAGAUGUCACUAUGCUGCUAAAGAGUAUCAGCAGGCUCUGGAUAUCCUUGAUAUGGAAGAUCCAAUCAACAAGAAGUUGUUUGAGAAGAGUAUAAAGGAUGAGAGGCUCUUAAAAGAUACACCUCCUGGAGAUUGGCAGAUGUCACAGUCCUCGAUCAAGAGUUCCAUUUGCCUUCUUCGUGGGAAGAUCUACGAUGCCCUGGAUAACAGGACUCUUGCUACAUACAGCUACAAAGAGGCCUUGAAGUUUGAUGUUUACUGCUUUGAAGCAUUUGACCUUUUAACAGCGCACCACAUGCUGACUGCACAAGAAGAAAAAGAGCUUCUCGAUUCUCUACCUCUUAGUAAAAACUGUUCAGAAGAUCAGGAAUUACUACGUUUUCUCUUUGAAAACAAGUUGAAAAAGUAUAACAAACCCAGUGAAACAAUAAUUCCAGAAUCUGUGGAUGGCCUUCAGGAAAAUCUGGAUGUAGUUGUAUCUUUAGCAGAAAGACAUUACUACAAUUGUGACUUCAAGAUGUGCUACAAGCUUACUUCUGUCGUCAUGGAAAAAGAUCCUUAUCAUGCAAGUUGUUUACCCGUACAUAUAGGCACCCUAGUAGAAUUGAAUAAAGCAAAUGAACUCUUCUACCUUUCACACAAGCUAGUUGAUUUAUACCCUAACAAUCCAGUCUCUUGGUUUGCAGUGGGAUGUUACUAUCUCAUGGUUGGGCAUAAAAAUGAACAUGCCAGAAGAUAUCUUAGUAAAGCCACUACAUUAGAGAGAAGCUAUGGACCUGCAUGGAUUGCAUAUGGACAUUCCUUUGCAGUGGAGAGUGAACAUGACCAGGCUAUGGCUGCUUAUUUCACAGCAGCACAACUUAUGAAAGGAUGUCAUUUACCUAUGCUGUAUAUUGGACUAGAAUAUGGGUUGACCAAUAACUCAAAGUUGGCAGAGAGAUUUUUUAGCCAGGCUUUGAGUAUUGCUCCUGAGGAUCCAUUUGUUAUGCACGAAGUUGGGGUGGUGGCAUUUCAGAACAGAGACUGGAAAACUGCAGAGAAGUGGUUCUUGGAUGCUUUGGAAAAAAUCAAAGCUAUUGGAAAUGAGGUAACUGUAGAUAAAUGGGAGCCUUUGCUAAAUAACCUGGGUCAUGUACUUAGAAAACUCAAAAAAUAUGAGGAUGCCUUGGAAUAUCACCGGCAAGCUCUAGUUCUGAUCCCACAAAACGCCUCAACAUAUUCUGCUAUUGGAUAUAUUCACAGCCUUAUGGGAAAUUUUGAAAGUGCAAUUGACUAUUUUCACACAGCCCUUGGUCUCAGGAGAGAUGACACAUUUUCUGUCACAAUGCUUGGGCACUGUAUAGAAAUGUACAUUGGUGACUCUGAUGCAUAUAUUGGAACUGAGAUUAAGGAAAAACUGGGAUGCUAUGACUUUGAUGUACAUACAAUGAAAACCCUUAAGAACAUUAUUUCACCUCCCUGGGAGGAGAGAGCCUUUGAUUUGGAGCGGCAGUCCCUUGAUGAAAAUGCCAUCAUGGCCUUAGAAACCUCUCAACUUCUACCUAAGUCAUCUGACAACAGGUGCCCAAUAGAAGAAGCCCUUGAAAUUGAGAUGAAUGAGAGUGAUAUGAUGUUGGAAACCUCUAUGUCCGAUCAUAGCACAUGAGCCGCCCUCUGCCACACAAGAACCCGCCAUGCACUCUGCACCAUCCAUCUUAAUGAUUCUUUCUGGGAAUCAGACAUUUUGUAUGUGAAAUAUCUAACAUUGCUUUUACAAUUGACUUUGCAUUACCUGCUCUACUCCCCAAUGCACAGCAGCAUAUUGCAGAGCAGUAUAUUGCUGGCCUUUCAAGCAGAGAAAGGAAGAGCAUGUCAGUAUGAAUUCAGUUAUGUUUUGCUUACAUUUUAAUACCUGUAACAAUGGACUUCAACAAUUGUCAUUUUUUUUUUUCUUCUUAAACUUUUUAGUAUGUCUGUGAACCGCUAAUAUGAUUGUAAUAAACUGAUCAGAAAAUAUUACAUGUAAAAAAAAAAAAAGCAUGCAAAGACGUUUAUUUUUAGUGUAUUAAAGGACACACACUUACUACAAAAACAAAGUUCCAAAAAUAAUGUGAAAUAUCAAUGUGUACCUGCAAGGCCAUAUUUGUUGCACCAGAUUUGUGUUCAUCGUCCACAAUAAAAACAUAAAUGUGCAAAACAAAGACUAGGCUUUUUAACAAUUUUUUUUUAUUAUUAUUUUAAAUUGACAAACUUUGCUGUAUAAAUCAUUUGCAAUGCAUCUAGAACUUUUUCAGGUGGCAAUGGCACCUUUUGAAGUCUUUAUUUUUUUCUACUUGUUUGUUUUCAUGGUGGCAACGAUUGGGAGGGAGAUGUAUACUUAUUUUACACUUCUCUUCUUUGGUGUCACCAUCAGUCUGUCAAGAGUCACAUCACUGGUGCAUUCCUGGACAUGAGUUUGGACAAAUAAUGGGUUUUAAGAGACCACAAGAUCCUCCUUAAAUGACAACUGCCACCU